AGACGAUCGGGCCAUCGUGGCAGCCCCUGCCCCGCUGCGUUGUUGCUUGGCCUGCCCGCAUCUCUCGGCCGGGCUUGCCGCCCGCCCUUGCUGUAUUGGAACGGGCCGCCGGCUUUAUGGGUCCACAUGUGCUGCCCCCCUUGCGUUCGGCGGCGCAGCUGUCGCUCGGGGCGGCGCUGCGGCUCUGCCCCGUAGCCGCUUUUCCUUUUUCGGGGUGUUGUAGGUGCCGGCGUGCCGGUAUCAGCUUCUUUUUGUUUCUGUUUGCGAAGCAGCGCGAGUCAAAUAGUGCUCGCGAAGAAGUGCUCACUGCGUGGGCGUGAAGAAGAUAAGUUUCGCCCCCGAGGGCUUUCUAAUAAUAGAAUGGGUAGCAUUUUUCGUGGUCUGCAGCCCUGAAU